AGUUUUUGCCAGAGUUUCAAAUUCGGUCAAAAUUUCAUGGCAAAAAAACUCUGGCAAACUUUUGCCAGAGUUUUUUAAUUUGCCAGAGUUUUUUAAGACUGAAUAAACUUGGACGAGGAUGAACGCCGAUAUCAGCCGAUAUUGCGAUCGGUAUCGCUCAUGUAUGCUGUCUGCUGAAGAAAAAAUGGAAACCCCAGUCAAACUGAAAAAGUCAAGAUACACUCUUGAGCAGUUGCAGUGUAUGUGCGACUUUGUGCGGAUCAAUCACACACGAUUGUUUGGUCAACCUUUGUCGCCAUGUGAAAGGGUUGCUGAUACAAGGAGAAAGGCGUGGGAGGAGCUAUCAGAGCAGCUAGCGGCUCUUGGCUGUCCAGGCCGCACAGCCUCCAACCUCAGGCAGUCUUGGAGCGAUUUGAAGAAGAAAGCCAACGAAUAUGCCAGGCAAAGAAAUAAGACUGGAGGAGGAACGUGCAAAAUUAAGCCCAAAAUGGAAAUGAUCUUGGCAGCGAUGCGGGACAAGGCAGUUUAUGGGAUCCGGGGCAUGGAGACCGAGACAGGGGCAUCAGAGAAACCGCUAUCACAAAAUACGGCAGCCUGUGCCAUGCUCGCUGAGAUGGGGAAUCCGGAGGAAGAGGAGGAGGAGGUUGAGGAGGUGGUCGAGGAGACUGUGGUCAAGGAGGCAUCGAAGGAAGAGGGGGGUCAAGGAGGUCAUGCAGGACGCCAAGACGUCCAGCAUAAGAGAAGGUGUUCUGUGCGGUAUGACCAGCACACAGAAUACCAGGAGCGUCUGUUGCAAGUUCAGCAGGAGACGCUCAGAACGCAGCAAGCUAUGCUGCAAACAUUUAAUAACAUCCAUGAUGUUUUUAAAGAGAUUAGAAAUAGUUUGCAGCAGUUUGUUAAUGGACAUCAGUAGUGAUUCUGGACAACUAGGCCCAAAUUCAAAAAGGUGGUUUUUAAAACCAUUGGUUGAACCCAUGGAUGCAAGUUUCUUGUAUGAAUUAUGCUUAUUUGCCCUGCAUAGUAAUAAAUAUUCUAUGCUGAUGUGCGCUUAUGUCACAGUGCGCCAAAUUAAUGACCAUGGUUAAGGACGCUAGUUUUAUUCAUGAGUCCACUAUUUGAAGAGUGGACUCAUGGAUAACCAUGGCAACUGUCGUUAAUUUGGCACACUGUGACAAUAGAGAGCAUCAACCUUGGACCUUUUUUUAAUAAAUGUAAUUUAUACAGGAAGUCUGCAUAAACCAUCGGUUCAUCCGAUGGUUUUAAAACUUACCUUUGUGAAUUUGGGCCUUUGUCUUUGAAUCAUUUUUGUUUGUAUGUAGCUACUGAUUCCAUUAACAACUACAAUAGCUUGCCUGUGUUUUGAGUUACUCUUGCUGAAUUUUACAGCACGCAUCAACAUUUUAUUGGUAUUCCACCUUUUCUUAUGCUGUUCUCUUGGCCUCCUGCUAAUAGCUCUAUACAGUAUUAUCAUAUGCAAAAUAUUAAUGUUAAUUGGUAGAAAUCCAUACAACAACCUUCAUAACAUGGAUAUUGUUGGUCUCACAAUAUUUGAUUUUUUUAUAAAGAAGCAAAUUUUACAUUUUAAAAUAACCUGUGCUAUGUAAUGUAUUUAUGAUUCAUCUUAUCAACUCUUAACUUCAAUACUUCAUAUUUUCAGGAAUUAAUAUAGAAAUUAUUUCCUUAGAUGUUUUAAUCAUCUGGAGAUUUUGUAGCAAUGGAAGAAAUAAGUAGACUGAAAACUUGAUGAAUAUUGUUUAGAACUUGUAGUAAAGUCAACUUGAACUUUGGUAAAUUUGAAAAACCAUACAUUUAGCAAAUAUUAUGUAAAUGAGUACAAAUAAUGACAAAGACUACAUUCUUCUGAGUUGAGAAUGUUAAACUUCAAAUUUUAUUCAUUUCUCAGUAGAUAGAAGAUAAUGUUAUUCAUUCAGUUCAUUCAAUUUGAAUCAAUGCCUUGCGAUGCAACACAAACAUUUUGGUGCUGAAAUCUUUAUCUGAAUCCCUCUCUAAGAAUAGUUCAAUGUUCACUUAUACAUUUUCAUAAUCCAAAUCUGAGUAAAAUUCUCUAUUAUUCAACUCUGAAAUAUUUUUUUUUACUAAAGAAGUGACAAGUACAAAAACAUUUCCUCCAAUAUUAUAACAUCAUUGAUGUGGGUUUUUUUCCCAUUAUCUUGUUUCAAAAUGUGUGACUGCAUCAAAUUUUCAGUGUCACUCAAGACAAAAGCUCAAGUAAAUCAGAGUGAGUAAAAAUUAGCCAUCCUUUCACUCUCAAUCUUGAUAUCUGUGUUUAGCAUAUCGUAGGAACCCAGGUGACACUUGCUAUAUUGUGAUGUUUCACAAAUUACUUCUGAUCAUGUACACCAAUGCUUUAUAUUCUAGGGUUAUCCUAAGAGAAUUAAAUUGAUUCUAGAGUUGAUGCAUAAACCAAUUUUCAUGGGAUUCAUGACCACAUUCCAUGUGAUCCUUGCCUGUUGCAUCUGAUUCUCACAGCAUAUAUGAAGGAAUAUAUAUUAAGAUGAUUUAUAGGUACGCAGGUUUGGGUUUCUUUCCUAAUUUCAUAAUCAACCAUUUGGAGGUAUGAUUUACUCUAUCAUUGGAAAAUUCAAUACAGUAACAGAACCAUUCAAUAUGAUGCUCACUGUGUGAAUCUUUCACCAUGAAAGUCAGGGUCAAAAUAGACGACAUAGAAGGAUACAGUAUUUGCAAAAGUGCUUUCUGUAUAUAUAUAUACUCCAAGAACAUUUAUGCAUCUAUGUUUGUAUACGUAUGAAUAACAAUUAUUUUCAUUGUCUCCAAAGGUGCACUUUUUGGUAAGAUUUGUAGUCAAUCAUUAUGGGGCAUUGCUUGUGACUACAACCUCUCAUUCUUCAUAGAUCUUAGGCACAUGUAUAUCUAUUCACAUUUACUUUUGUGGGUUUUGUCACUCAGCCAAUCCCAAACUCUACCACAUGUUAAAUGAUAAUUAGAUCAUUGUGUAAUUGGAGGUUAUGCCUUAUGCUAG